CAAACAAGGGCAUACACAUACAUGAGAAGCUCUUUUAACCAGAGGUAUGUUGAUCUUGUUUCUGUCAGCUACUGAGAAACAUCUUUGUGGGACUGUUUUACUGCGUAGAUACGAUGAACACAUCUGAGUAUCAGGACAACUCCUCCACAGGAUAUGGGGACUGUGGCAUCGACAACAACAUGGUGGACGUGCUGGUCCCGAGCCUCUUCUUCCUGCUCUGCGUCCCGGCUCUGGUGCUGAACGUCACGGUGCUGUGGAUCCUGCUGCGGCUCAGAACCGAGUCCACCUUCAUGGUGUACCUGCAGAACCUGGUGGCGGCCGACCUGCUCAUGACGCUGGUUCUGCCGGUGCGGACGGCCAGCGACCUCCCCGGUGCCCCUCUGGGCCUGCGGGCGUUCACCUGUCGCUACGGCAGCGUCCUCUUCUACUACUGCAUGUACAUCAGCAUCGCGCUGAUGGGGCUCAUCAGCCUGGACCGCUUCUUCAAGGUGGUCCGGCCGCGUGGACGUCUGCUCGGCCAGAACCUGCUUUUCGGCAGAACCGUCUCUGUCGCCACCUGGGCGGUCCUGCUGGGGGCGGUGGCUCUGCCCAACGUGAUCUUGACCAGCGAAACAGCCUCGGGACGCUCACACAAGUUCUGCAUGGAGAUGAAGAGCCAAGCGGGAAGAGACUUUCACAAGGCUGCCAUCUUGGCGCUGAACUGGCUGUUUUGGGUCGUGCUGGUUGUAGUUGGGUUCUGCUACAUAUGCAUAGCCUGGGCGGUGGUCCAGUCGCACAACAACUCUGGGAGUAUAAACGUGAUACGCCAACGCAAGACCAAAGCCAAGGUGUUUAUCGUGCUCGUGGUCUUCCUGGUCUGUUUCGCGCCGUACCACAUCGUACGGAUCCCUUACACGCUGCUGCAGGUAGAAAAGCACAGCUGCACCAGGGAAUCGCUGAAGGUGGCCAAGGACUUCACCCUCUGGCUCUCUGCCACCAACAUCUGCCUGGACCCACUCAUCUAUUUCUUCCUGUGUAGAAGCUUCCGAGAGAAGCUGUCCGACCUCGGAAUACUCAGGAGGUUCUCAACCACAUGACUGAUCAUAUGAAAACCUUACCACUGGCUGAAGGUUGUAGAAAAUAUUUGCUUUAUUUCAACAAUGUCCAAAAGGAUAGGAGCAGUCUUCACUCAAAGAGUUUCACCAUUUAUUCCACAGACUCGUUUCGGCAUUCUGCCUUCCUCAGUGUGUGAUAUAUUGGGAGCACUUAGACUCUGCACAAUAAUAUCCUCACUCCAAAGUGAAACUGAAAGUGCAAGAGUGAAGAUAUUACUGCACCACACAAUAUAGUUAUCCCUCUUACUUGCUUAGAAAUGCACCACGUUUCAUUUUGUCACACCAUACACCAUACUCGUGUAACUGUAUUUUAAUAGGGAAAACAUGGAGGUGUUUGGUCGCUUCUAACGUCAUCGCUGUUUGGAUCCUAAUGAAUGCAUUGGGCUAGCUAAGUGCUAUCAAAGUUGUGCCGCGCGCCAGAGCCAGUGAGUGCACGCAUUGAAACGUGAGAGGUAUGUAUCAACUCGUCUUAAUUAGGGGAAUAACGUAGUUUAAUAUGAAAAAACGGUGAAGUGUUUCUUUAAGUUAAUGGUUAAGUAAUGCCAUUUGCAUGUGUUACCAACCCUUGUGUGUAUAAUUCAGCCUUUACACAAAUUAAGCAUUUAAGCAUCGGAGUCAUUCACACUACUCAAACAUGGGAUUAGAAAAAACCUAAUGGUAUUCCAUAGUAGGUUAGGGCUAACUUUCUGGAGCACCAAAAAUCUUUUUUUCCUCUGCCAAAACAAGUUAGGCCUUUGUGUUAUUUCAAAUAUUAUACAAAUAAACAGAGGCUCAGCGCUAUAUGUUCUGGACAAAAAGAGAUUCUGAAUCGCCAUUAGGUGUCAGCAAAGUCUUUCGCCUUCAGUAGCCAAGGCCUACCUUAUUAUAGGGGGAGUUUCAGACUGUGGAGGCCGGGUGGGUCCCCUUGGAACAUCCAGCUCAGGGGGCUCCAACGUUUCUAUGUCAGAAACAGGAUUGCACAGGUGGUCGUCCCAUCUGCCUCAUAUCCUCCACCAAUUGUCUUGCAAUAUCUGUAGCCUCUUUCAUGAUGCCAGUGAACCGGUCCAAAGCAAAAGCAUGAUCCUCUCGAUCUGUCAGAUAUCCGUUUGAUUCCUGCAACCAAACACUCAAUAAAUACCGAGAAUAGUGCCUCAGCU